AUGGGCAAGAUUCGAGAGAGUGUGAAGUACAUUACGGUGUCUCAAGGUCGAGAGGAAAAGUUUGCUCAGAUUGUGAAACAGCAAGGCAUUACAUAUGGCAAGGGUCUGAUUCUUGAUGUUGCAACUAGGUGGAACACUUCCUACCUCAUGCUCAAUACAGCCAAGCAUUACAAGAGCGUGUUCGACUCUCUUGCUGUCCAAGAUGUGCAUUACACAUAUGCACCCACUUUUGAUGAAUGGGAAAGAGUGGAAGUAAUUUGUAGACUGUUGGAUGUAUUCUAUGAUGCAACAAAGGUCAUUUCUGGAUCGAAAUACCCCACAUCAAAUCUGCAUUUCCAUGAAUUUUGGAAGGUCAGGAUUAGAUUACAGAUUGAAGAAUCUGAAGUGGAUCCAUAUAUAUAUGACACUGUGAAGUACAUGAGAAAGAAAUUUGAGAAGUAUUGGAACCUAUCAUGGAUGGCAUUGUCAAUUCCUGUCAUUCUUGAUCCACAAUUCAAAUACCCCUUUUUUCAGUUUCGUUUCCAGCAAGCAUUUGGUGACAAUGCCCCAUCUCAAUUCUCUAAAGUGAAAAGCUUGUUUGGACAGAUGUUUGAUGAAUAUGCCGAAAUGAGCAACUCAGGGUCCACACAACAAGAAGGUGUUGAUAUUGGAAUGGGCACGGAUAAUAAUGACUCAUUGGCGGACUGGGAUCAUCACCUAAGUCUUACCACCACCUCUUCAAAUCUGGCACGGUCAGAGCUUGAUAGUUAUUUAAAAAAAACUCCUAUUACUCGAAGCGAUAAGUUCGAUAUUCUUAGUUGGUGGCAAAUGAAUUCGGUUGAAUUCCCAAUACUUGCCCGCAUGGCCCGCGAUAUUCUUGACGUUCCUGCUUCAACGGUGGCUUCCGAGUCGGCGUUCAGCACUGGCGGUAGAGUCAUUUCUGACUAUAGGAGUCGACUAACUCCUGAGGCAGCUGAGGCACUCAUAUGUUUGCAAGAUUGGUACAGAGCAUCAGGUUCAUCUGAGCUGACCAUGGAAUCAAUUGAUGACAUGCUUGGACAUGAAGGUAGUUGA